AUGCUGCCAGGACUACAAAUAUUUGAUGAGCACGAGCUUACCGAGUGCAAGAUGCUGAAUGAAAUUGUGACGGAUGCUGCCGAUGGAAGCCUGAAGCCUUUGGAAAGAUACCGCUCCGACGAGUGCAACGAAGAAUGCAACGAUCACCAUGUUGCUGUAUAUCUUGAGAAUGCCUUUGAUAAGGUGUGCUUUGAUGUGGAUGCUAUCAGAAAGCUUUUGACUCACAGAAGCUCGAAGGUCAGGAAAAUUGCAUUGUGUAUGCAUCAAAGGUGGUUUGCUGAUGAUGAGGCAAUGCUGCUGCAGAACGAUCCGUGCCAUAUAGUUAGAGAAGCAUACCUAUUUCAGGGCAGAACGGUUGCUGUGGGAUCAUUAAUCAAGCAGGCAAGGGAUGAGAAUGUUGGGGUGCGGUUUGCAGCACUAAAGCGGCUUGUGGAGUUUGCAAGCAUUGAAGAACACAAGAUGAAGAUACUCAAGGCAGUAUGCAUCUUUAUGAGGGAUAGGGAGCACUGCCUGAGGGAAUUUGCAUCGAAGGCAAUAGGAGGAUUCAAGUGGAUAGAUGAGGAGGCAAUGAAAAGGAUGCUAACAAAGCAGAUAGAGGAAGGGAAGGAGGAUGUGUGUGGGGCUCUUGUGUAUGGGAUUGAAGAUGAGUAUUCCGACGUGCGCAGAAACACCGUAAGAGCUGUUUAUGAGCUUACUACGCAUGGAACAGUGUCUCAAGCGUUUGACUUCCUGGUGGACUCGCUGAACGAUGAUGAUGAGGGGUUAAGGGUGGCAUGCACAGAGUAUCUGGUAAUGCUUAGCAAAAAAUACGAGCUGAUGGUCGACGAAGAAAUAACUGCACAGAUAUCUGAAGGAUUAAGGGAAAGGAAUGAUAGAAUCAGACUAAACAUUUUGAGUCUGCUUUCUAACCUGAGAUAUGAAAGCACAAUGGUGUAUGAUAUUUUGAUGCUGCGCAUGAAGGACGGCAUAGAGCCAAAAGAGGUGCACUGUGCCGUGAAGAGGAUGGUUUCGAGGAAUUCAAAGGUGUUUUUUGCAGAUCUUGCGAAGUUUUAUGUUCGUACAUCGAUUGCCAGAGUAGAGUGCUCACUAGACGAUCCAUACUACAUCACAAGGCUUGUUGUUUUGAGAGAGUUGUGCAAGGCUGGAUACAGAAUCGAUGUCAGUAAGGACAUUUCUGAUCACUUCCUGUUUGUUGAGAUGAUGGAGAGCAAAAAUCCAAAGACUGCUUGCGACAACUAUCAGUUUUGCAAAGACAUUAUUUGCCAAUUCAUUACUGAGAAAGAAUGCGACAUGCAUCCUGGUACAGGUAUUCGUAAUAAUGGGAAGCAAAAGGGUAAGCUGGGAAUUGAGAGGAUGUAUGAUCGACUGUUCAAAGACAUGCUUAGGCAGGGAAAGCAGGCUUGGCUUGUUUUCUAUAUCUACAAAGGAAUGUGCGAGCUCAUGAAUGGAAAUGGAUGCAGAAUACUGAGAAGAAUACCGUAUUUGUUUUGCGUGCCGGGAUUCAACAUAUCGAUCGCAAGCGAUGUUAAUGCAAUGGUAAGGUACAUCCAGGAUCUAGAUAUCGGCUCUAUCCAGGUAUCGAUCUAUAGGGUUUCUGUGCCCUCUGUUGUUGAAGUGGAUGACAAAAUGCCAAUCAGGUUCUCAAUCAAUGUGCUUGCAGAGAACGCAUGCACGGAGGCACGGCUGAAAAUCUGGGCAGAUAGUAAGCCAUGCAUGUACUUUGAAGCUGUAGAAAGCCUGGAAAUAUGCAUAAUGGACAAUGUAAGCAGGAUAAACUGUUGUAUUGUAAAACCAGACACGGAAGAUGAUAUACAACUAUCAGGAGCCAAAUCAAUCAUCAUAGAUAGAAAAAAGCCGAAGGCAGAUUUAAUUCCAGGAAUAAACUACUGA